AUGCCUCUCAAUGUGCUCAUUGUCGGUGCUGGAGUCUGUGGCCCAGCUGUCGCCAUGCUUCUCCAAGGGUCUAAUCCACAACACAACAUUACGAUUGUGGAGCGUUCUCCUACGUUACGAUCCACAGGCCAGCAAAUCGACUUGAAGAACCAAGCUCCCCAUAUCCUAAGGAAGAUGGGUCUGUUAGACGAGAUCAAGGCACUUUGUGUGAAUGAAACAGGUCUUGAGGUGGUGGAUUCCGCAGGGAAGCAAAUAGCCUACUUCGGUGCCGCUGCCUCUGGCGAACGUCGUAUUGGUUUGACCAGUGAGCAUGAAAUCAUGCGUGGGGAUAUAGUACGGGCCCUGUACGAUGCCAGCAUCAAGCAAAACUCGGAUUUCAAAGCGAGUCCAGGCCAAGGGAUAACAUAUUUAUUCGGCCAGACUAUCACAUGUCUGGGCCAGAGCGCUCAGGGCGUGGACGUUACUUUCUCAGAUGGAAGGGAGCACCGAUAUGAUCUCGUCAUUGGGGCCGACGGACAGUACUCGCGGACUCGACGACUUGCCUUUGGUCAGGAAGUUAGCGAUGCCGCGUUCAAAUCUCUUGGAGUCCACGCCGCAUACUUUAGCAUUCCUCGAAUUGACGGGGAAGGCACUUUGGCUAGAGGUCACCUAGCUCCAGGAAGAAAAAUGAUCUACACUCGGACGAGCGAUCGUCCCGUUACGGGAGCACUUCUUUUUACCAUGGACGAAUCGCCGAGAUUGAAGGCAUCUUACAAAGAAUCGGUGGAAAACCAAAGAGAGGCAUUUGUCGAGGUCUUCAAGGAUAUGGACUGGCAGACCGACCGGUUCAUUAGUGGGUUGAAGCACUCCGAUGACUUUUACGCAAACGAGCUGGGGCAGAUCAAACUGGACCGACUAUCCGCUGGCCGCGUCGUACUUCUUGGAGAUGCAGGAUACUGCCCCAGUCCUUUCACUGGCCUGGGGACUAACCUGUGCCUCGUGGGUGCAUACGUGCUUGCGGGAGAAUUGGCACGCCAGGGGAACGACGUUGAGGGGGCGCUCAGAUGCUAUGAAGAAAAAAUGCGGCCCUUCAUUGACAAGUGUCAGCAAUUCUCUUCCAAGACCAUGGGGGCUCUCUUCCCAUCUUCGCGACUUGGCAUUUGGGCUAUGCAUAAUCUGAUUUGGGCUGUGUCGAAGGUCGCUGGACUCUUCCCGCAGUCCCAAAAAGGGGAUUACGAUAACCAUGAUGAGCGUCUCCCAAAAUAUCCCGAAUUGAAUCUCCCAUAA